AUGUCUGAAAGAAAGGAAACAUGUAAAACUUAUGACAAGAUAAAUGUAAUAACAGGAUAUAAAGACUGUUCAUUGCCGGGAAUGUCAAAAGAGCUGCAAUUUACAGAGAAACAGAAGUUGAUACAGGAGUCUUCGUGGACGAGAACUGUUCCGUACAAACAUUGGCAUAGCUAUGUAAAACCUACCGACAGUAUAGGCAGUAUUUUUACACCCAAUGCGCACAUAUUUCGAGCCAGGACUUUCACUAAACGCGGUAUUAAGCCUGCACGAUGGCAUCCUUUCGGUGCCGACGGUACGCUUAUAAGUCCGCCUCGUGUUUUUAUCGAACGACAUAAGGAAGAAAUUAAACGAAGAUGUGCAGCCGUGGCCAAGAAGAAACGCGAUGUUCUGCCGGAAAAUAUAGUGAGUCUGAAGGAUUUAGUAGAUGACACGUGGUUGCGUAAAAAAAGUCGGAAAGCGAGAGUGUUAAUGAAAAAAGAAUUAUCCGUAUGCAAAGGCAGAAUAACGAAGCGAAAAUCGGAUCGGGAGAUAGUACAAUACGUCGAGGCUGAAGUUCCGAAAUCCGUGGAUGAACAAUUGGCCGAAUUAAUGGCGAUAGUCUAUAGGGAACAGAGACGAUUAAUUAAAUCUGAAGAUGUUGCUAAAAUAAUUUAUCUUAGAGAUCAUUGUAUAAGCGAUUACCACUUACAACCAUACGAUUAUGUUAAUAUCGAUGCAGCGAAGAAGCGCAUUAUCGGUAAAUUACAAGAACGUGAAGACUUCGAUGCUAUAACAAAAGGUUUAGAGCGAGAAAUAGUUGACGACUAUAAACAAAGCCUUCGUAGUGCAAUAGUGGAUUAUAUUCUGAUGGAUUCCGAUGAACGAAAACGCUUAUGUAUAGAGACAUUUCCUAUGGAAUUUCCCGUUUUAUGCGUUCGUGCACCAAUGCCUUGGCAUCAGUCCAAAGUCAUGGCAAGUCAUUCGAUGAAAUAUAAUCUUUUUAUCGGGAAUGCGAUAUUGAGAGACAUUCGGGAUCUAUGGUUUACAAAAUAUCAUCAAGUAAGAAUAAUUCGCAUGCAAGAUUUUGGCAAACUUCCUAUUCCGGCCGCGGAAAUCAAGCCGAAAUUCGAUGCUCUGUGUACCGCUGCUACUGAUGUUCUCGUUAAAGAAUGGUUGGCCGAUAUAGCGGAAAUCUUUCUCGAAAAAAAGGACGAUUGGUCGCAGUACUUCGAAAUGCAGCCUAACGCGUCUACCGCGAUGAUUGAAAAAUAUUUUCGUAGUGUCAAUUCUCUAUUGUCAAAGCAACUACGAAUCAUGAUAAUGAAAACGUUAGAAGACAUAAGAGACUUUUUCAUGCGGUAUAAAGAUGGCAAUGUGUUUGAGGGAGAGUACAAGGAUCUCAUGUUUCUCGAAACUCCUUUCAUAACAGUAAAAGUGGAACCAAAACUCUAUACGACGAAAUUACACUGCAAACCAGAUAUCUUUCAGUUGCACACUAUGAUCUCGCGAUGUUUCGAUAAGAUCAUCAUGGUAGGCGCUACGAUACCCAAGAUCGAAACCCUUUUAUUUCCGGAACUGAAGGAUACAGGUUAUUUAUUUCCUAUCUCGCGUUUCGAAGAUACGAUAUUGAACAUCAUCAACGACGUUUUGAACAUAAUUAUUAAGCACAUAACUGGUCCCGACAAUUACCUCAAGUGCUAUAACGAUCUACUGUAUAUUACAAGCGGAGUAGCCGAGGAAAAAUUGAAUAAUUUCUUCAAGCUGGAACCAGUACCAUUGUUGCGGGAAUUUGAACAACAGAUAAAGGCAUACGAUGCUCUACGAAAAGAAAUUUAUAUGUUUCGAUGUAAAAUCCCGUUGAACAUGCUCGAGAUUGAUUGCAGUACUGUAAACGAUACGAUGAGGGAAAUUUUACACGCUCUUCGAAGCAAAAUAUGCGAUUUCUUUGCCAGCGAGUUGCGUGCCAACAAUCGCGAAUUGUGUUCAAUCUUCGAUGAGAUAGCUGAGAAUAUCUCAAAGAUGCCGGAAACAACGCAACAAGUAGUCGAGUUAUACAACUAUCUGUGUGAGAGCCGCGACACAACGAUGUUUAAUCUAAGAAGACGGUUAAUUCGCUCAGUUGAAUUGACAUUAUUCUUGUUCGAUUAUCAGCCGCUUUCAGAUGAAGAUAUCCACUUGAAUUCACGCACCAUCACUUGGCCGAAGGAAAUGGAAGUCGUGAUGGAACUGGCAAGCAAUAGAUUAAACAUGAGAAAGAACUUUUUAGAAACGGUACUUCGUACAAGACGAGACACCUUCGAAAAGAAGAUAAAUACGAUACAGCUAACGAUCGAGCAAUUCAAACGAAAAGAUCCGCCGAUCCUCACGAUGGAAGAAAUGGAGCAAGCCGUGGAUGAAAUUGAUCAUAUUUCUACAACCAUGACAGAGAUUCAUAAGGAAGCCGAGAAGAUCAAUGAGGAGGAAGGAUUACUGGAUAUAGAAUUGAGUCCGUAUAUAGAGUUGCCAAUUAUGUCCAGUACGGUAGACACCUUUGACAAACUAUGGCAUACCGCUUUAGACUUCCACCGAAAUUAUGACAAAUGGUUUUAUGGUCCGUUCCUGGGUCUGGACGCGGAACAAGUGCGCGAGGAAACUGAAAACACAUGGCGAAUUUUGUACAAGCUGGCUCGCAUGUUGACAGAGGUGCCAGGUGCGAGGCGCGUCGCUGAGAUAGUACGCGGCAAGGUGGAGAAGUUCCGACAAUUUAUCCCAAUAUUGCAGACCAUUUGUACGCCAGGUCUACAAGCCCGACAUUGGGAGAGGAUCAGCAAGAUUGUCGACAUAACGAUUGUACCAACAGACACUAGCAGUCUGUCGGAAAUGAUCGAAUACGGACUACUGGCUUUCAUCGCCAAAUUGGAAGAGAUAGCUUCGAUGGCCACGAAGGAGUACACUCUGCAACGGAAUCUGCAGAAGAUGAAAGACGAGUGGCAGGAGGUCUACUUUGAGCUGACGCCUUACCGAGAAACCGGAGUGUUUAUAUUGACUGCCGUGGAUGAUAUACAGAUGUUGCUGGACGAUCAUAUUCUCACAGCGCAGACCAUGCGCGGUUCGCCCUUCGUAAAGGCAUUCGAGGAAGAGAUGCAACAGUGGGAGGAAAAGCUGAUAAUGAUGCAGGACAUCAUCGAUCAGUGGUUGCUUUGUCAGGCCACUUGGAUGUAUUUGGAACCAAUAUUUAGUAGCGAGGACAUUCUGCGUCAGAUGCCAACCGAAUCGAGGAAUUUCCGUAGAAUCGACAAAAUCUGGCGCAAUAUUAUGUCCUACGUCUACGACAAUAGACGUGUGACCGAUGCCACCGCGAUGCCUAACAUGUUGCAGGAAUUUAAACUCUGCAACUCGUUGCUCGAAGAGAUUGAAAAGGGUUUGAGCGAUUACCUAGAAAAGAAGCGUCUAUUCUUCCCGCGAUUCUUCUUCUUAUCAAACGACGAACUCUUGGAAAUCCUGUCCGAGACUAAAGAUCCGCAGCGGGUACAGCCGCAUCUGCGAAAGUGCUUUGAAGGUAUUAACAAGCUUCGUUUCACCAAGGAAGAGGAGAUUAUCGGCAUGCUGUCGGCUGAGGAGGAAUACGUGCCUCUGAGUGGCAAGAUUUAUCCGGCUGACGCAAAAGGUAUGGUCGAGAGAUGGCUAUGUCAGGUUGAAGAACUUAUGACGAUGUCGAUACGCGACAUCGCUGAGAAUAGUAUAGUCGCGUAUUUCGAUGCUGUACGCGAAGAAUGGGUACUCUCGUGGCCCGGUCAGAUUAUCAUCUGUAGCAGCCAGGUACAUUGGACUAGCGAGGUGUACGAAUCCUUCGAGGAUCGCUCCACGGCAUCUUACUUGUACAAGUGCAGCGAUCAAAUAGAGGAAAUCGUGACGCUUGUGCGCGGCAAAUUGGAGCCCGGUACCAGAAUAACGUUGAAUGCCCUAAUAGUGUUAGAUGUACACGCUCGGGACGUGGUGAAGCUGCUGGUCGACAAAAAGGUCGACGAACCUUCGGACUUUAACUGGAUAGCGCAGCUGCGCUACUACUGGCUGGACGACUGCAUCACCGUCUCCAUGGUAACGACGAACAUCAUGUACGCUUUCGAAUAUCUCGGCAAUACGUCCAGACUGGUGAUAACACCGCUGACCGAUCGAUGCUAUAGGACUCUGAUGGGCGCGUUGAAGUUGAACUUGGGUGGCUCGCCGGAAGGACCGGCGGGCACUGGCAAGACGGAAACGGCCAAGGAUCUCGCGAAGGCCGUGGCCAAGCAGUGCGUGGUGUUCAACUGUUCCGAGGGAUUAGAUUUCAAAGCGAUGGGCAAGUUCUUCAAAGGUGUCGCGCAGUCCGGAGCCUGGGCGUGCUUCGAUGAGUUUAACAGAAUCGAGGUGGAAGUGCUAUCCGUGAUUGCGCAGCAGAUAUUAUCGAUACAGAUGGCCAUAAGCAUGAAACUGGACAAGUUCAUGUUCGAGGGCACCGAGUUAAAGUUGAAUCCCACCUGUAAUGUCAUCAUAACGAUGAACCCGGGCUACGUUGGUCGACAGGAACUACCGGACAACUUGAAGGCGUUGUUCCGAACGGUGGCGAUGAUGGUACCGGACUAUGCCAUGAUCGGUGAGAUUACCUUGUACUCGUACGGCUUCACGAACGCCAAGAGUCUAGCGGAGAAAAUAGUUCACACUUACAAAUUAUGUUCCGAACAAUUGAGUUCUCAAAAACAUUACGAUUACGGAAUGCGGGCGGUCAAAACCGUACUCAUAGCGGCCGGCAAUCUGAAGCUCCAAUAUCCGAAGCGCGAGGAGCACCUUUUGGUACUCCGCGCCAUCGUGGAUGUCAAUUUGCCCAAGUUUCUCUCCCAGGACGUUUCUCUUUUCAACGGUAUCUACAUGGAUCUCUUCCCGGAAGUGCAGCUGCCACAACCGGAACGUGGCGAGCUGGUGGAACUGUUGAAGACGAAUCUAGCGAAGCGAAAUCUUCAGGCUACCGAUUGGUACCUGGAGAAGAUCGUACAGAUCUACGAAAUGAUACUCGUGCGACAUGGUCUGAUGAUUGUCGGUACGGCCUUGGGUGGCAAAACCCAAGCCUAUCAGACACUAGCCGAUUCCCUGGGCGAUCUAUCGGUGAGACGGAAAGCCACGAUGCGGGAGCACCGCACGAUUUAUCGAGUGAUCAAUCCCAAGGCUAUCAUGUUGAGCCAGCUGUAUGGUAGCUUCGAUCCGGUGUCGCACGAAUGGAGCGACGGCGUGUUGGCCAAUACGUUUCGCGAGUACGCGCAAUCCAUCUCGUUGGAGCGCAAAUGGAUCGUAUUCGACGGUCCAGUGGACGCGAUCUGGAUUGAGAGCAUGAACACCGUGCUGGACGACAAUAAAAAGCUCUGCUUGAUGUCAGGCGAGAUCAUACAGAUGUCCCCCAAGAUGAAUAUGAUCUUCGAGCCGGCAGACCUCGAGCAUGCUUCGCCCGCUACCGUCAGCAGAUGCGGCAUGAUCUACAUGGAGCCUUCUCAGUUGGGUUGGCAUCCAAUUUUCGAAUCUUACAAGAAAUAUCUCAAUGAAAAAUUGCUGCCCGAACAAUGUGAACUCAUCUUCGAGUUGAUCGAAUGGCUAACUAAUCCAAUAUUACGUUUUAUCCAACGCAGCUGUAAGACUUUUAUAAAUACAUCGGAGAUACAUAUGUUUCUAUCUUUCACAAGAGUAUUCAGCAUGAUGUUAGCAGAAGAGGCACAAGUGAGCACGGUAUGGCUGCAGUGUGUAUUACUCUUCAGCAUAGUUUGGGGCAUGUGUUCAAUAUUAACGAGCGACAGCAGAAAAGCCUUUGACGUGUAUCUGCGAAAAUUGUUACUCGGUAAUAUCGAGGAGUAUCCUAAGCCGAAGAUGUUCAAAUUGACGAAGAAACAUUUUCCCGAUAAAGGUACGGUAUACGAUUGGAUUUACGAGAAGAGGAAUGGUGGAUGCUGGAUAUCUUGGAUGGAUACUAUGCAGCAGGCACCUUUGCCAGCAACGGCGAAAGCGAGCGAGCUGAUCAUCCAAACACCGGAGACAUCCAUUCAGCAUUUCUUUAUCAAGCAAUUUAUGCAGAGAUUAGUGCCACUUUUGUUCGUGGGACCCACAGGCACCGGCAAAUCCGCCAUCGUGUUAAAUUACCUCGUAUCGUUACCUCGGGAAAAAUUCUUAGAGAAUAUUGUAAAUUUUAGCGCGCGUACGAACGCGCCGCUGACACAGGAGAUGGUCAUGUCAAAGUUGGAUAGAAGAAGAAAAGGGGUUUACGGUCCUGCGAUGGGGAAAAAGUGUGUAUUAUUCGUCGAUGACCUUAGCAUGCCGCAGGUGGAAAUCUAUGGCGCCCAACCGCCGAUAGAAUUGCUUCGUCAAUGGAUAGAUCAUGGUUACUGGUUCGACCCGAAGGACACCUCGAUGCUGUACCUAGUGGAUAUCCUGCUAAUCGCGGCUAUGCUACCACCCGGAGGCGGCUCUAAUGUCGUGACGCCACGAUUCAUUCGUCAUAUGCAUGUGAUCGGUAUCGAUUCCUUCGAGGAAGCAACGAUGACGAAGAUUUUCUCGUCGAUUCUCGACUGGCAUUUCGCCAAGGGCUUUGUUCCGGAGGUUUCACGAUUGAGCAAGAUGACAGUGAAUGCAACCAUGAAGGUGUUUCUCGAAGCUAUCAAAAAUUUCCUACCAACGCCAUCGAGAAGCCAUUACAAGUUUAACUUGCGCGAUUUCAGUCGAGUUAUCGGCGGUGUACUUCUGGUGCCAGCGGCUAGAAUGAAAGAUCCCGAUAAACUCAUCAGAUUAUGGGUUCACGAGAUAUAUCGUGUUUUCCACGACAGGUUGAUAGACGACACUGAUCGUGAAACGCUAUUCAGGAUGGUGCAAUAUACCUGCUACGAUCAGUUGCGUCAGCCGUUGGAAAAGGUGCUCGUCAGUUUGCUCAAGCCGAAUGAACGAGCGAUCACGCGUUCUCACAUUCGCGAAAUCUUUUUCGGGAAUUACAUCGAGCCCGACGCCGAUCCGAAGGUGUACGACGAAGUGACAGAUUUGGAGGAUCUCCAGGAAAAAAUGGAUUAUUAUUUGGCCGAGUACAACGCGGUUUCGCAGGCGCCGAUGAAUCUGGUGCUGUUCCGUUACGCCAUCGAGCAUACUUCUCGUGUUUCUCGAAUAUUGUUGCAAGACAAUGGCCAUGCCCUACUCGUUGGAAUAGGUGGUUCUGGUCGCUGUUCCUGCACCAAACUAGCGACCAGCAUGUGCGAGUAUCAGAUAUAUCAGAUCGAGAUCACCAAGACCUAUGGACCAGCCGAGUGGCGGGAAGAUCUGAAGCAUUUACUGUUGCGCGUCGGAUGUGACGGCAAGCCCACCGUUUUUAUCUUCGGCGAUCAUCAGAUCAAGGACGAAUCUUUCAUCGAGGACAUUAACAUGAUCUUGAAUACCGCGGACGUCCCAAAUUUGUACGCGGUAGAGGAGAAGGCGGAAAUACUGGACAAGAUGAUGACCAUCGCACGAGACGCGAGCGGUGGCAAGAAAGUGGAAAUGACACCGAUGGUGCUUUAUGGUCUCUUCAUCGAAAGGAUUAAAAAAUUCCUUCACAUAGUCUUGACAAUGUCACCAAUAGGCGACACUUUUCGGAAUCGUCUCAGAAUGUUCCCAUCGCUCAUUAAUUGUUGUACUAUCGAUUGGUACACGGUCUGGCCCGAGGAUGCUCUUGAAAAAGUAGCUAGAAUGUCAUUAAGAGAUCUCGAUAUUGGUUCGGAAUUGCGUGAGAAAUGUGUACAGAUGUGCAAAGAGUUUCAUACAAGCGUCUCCGUGACGAGCGAGGAUUAUUAUUUGACUUACGGCAGACGGUAUUACAUCACGCCUACGAGUUUCCUGCAGUUAAUCAAAUCGUUAUACAGAUUGUACGGGCAGAAAAUCGAACAGAUUACCGUGCAACAGAAUCGCUAUGAAGUCGGUCUGGAGAGGCUGGACUUCGCUGCGGGCCAGGUGACGAUUAUGCAAGACGAACUACAUCAAUUACAACCAAAAUUAUUAGCGCAGUCGCAGUUGAGCGACAAGCUAAUGAUCAGAAUCGAGCAGGACACCAUCAACGUGGAAGCGAAGAAAGAGAUCGUGGCGGCUGAUGAAGCUUUAGCGAACGAAGCGGCCGCGGCGGCUCAGGCAAUCAAGGACGAUUGCGAGAGCGAUUUGGCGGAGGCUACUCCGGCGCUAGAAGCAGCCUUGGCAGCGUUGGACACCCUCAAGCCGGCGGACAUCACGAUCGUGAAAGCGAUGAAGAGCCCUCCGGCCGGCGUUAGACUGGUGAUGGAAGCGAUAUGCGUGCUGAAGGGCAUAAAACCAGAUCGAGUCCAAGAUCCGGUUACCGGCCAAACGAUAGACGACUAUUGGCCCGCGUCCAUCAGACUACUUGGCGAAAUGAAGUUUUUGGAGAAUCUGAAAAACUUUGACAAGGACAACAUACCGCCCGCAUACAUGAAACGCAUCCGCGAGAAAUUUAUAAACGACCGGAGCUUCCAACCGGAAGCAAUCAAGAAGGUUUCCACCGCGUGCGAAGGUCUUUGCAAGUGGGUGCGCGCCAUGGAGGUAUAUGAUCGCGUGAUCAAGGUCGUUGCGCCGAAGAAGGCGAUGCUGGCGGAAGCCGAGGCCGCGCUGGCCGCGCAAAUGGAGAUGCUCAACGAGAAGAGGGCCCUGCUGCAGGAAGUGACACAAAAGUUGCAGUCCCUGAAUGACGAGUUCGCCGAGUGUAUGCGCGAGAAGAAGAAGCUGGAAGAUCAGAUCGAUUACUGCAGGCAGAAACUGGAAAGAGCGGAAAAACUGCUGGGUGGACUGAGCGGUGAGAAAACUAGAUGGAGCGAAACCGCUAGUAAACUGGGCGCUAGUUUGGGAAAUGUAAUCGGAGACAUUCUGUUGUCGUCCGGAAUGGUGGCUUAUCUAGGAGCAUUCACAAUAGAAUACAGAAAUUUAAUCGACCAGUGGCACGUCUCUUGCACACGAGCGGCUAUACCAUGUGGCGCGAGAUUUAAUCUGAUCGAUAUACUUGGCGAGGCGAUAGAGAUCCGGGGUUGGGCGAUCCAGGGUCUGCCGGCCGACAACUUCUCCGUGGAGAACGGUAUAAUUGUGAAACACGCCGAUCGUUGGCCGCUGAUGAUCGAUCCACAGAAUCAGGCGAAUAAAUGGGUGAAGAACAUGGAGAAGCCGAACAAGCUGGCGGUGAUCAAGCUCACGGAUCCCAAUUACAUGAGGGUGAUGGAGAUGAGCAUUCAACUGGGAUUGCCGGUAUUGCUGGAAAAUAUUCUGGAGGAGAUCGAUGCGAUCCUGGAACCUGUGCUGCUGAAGAACAUAUAUAAACAGCGCGGAGUGCUGUACAUGAAGUUCGGCGAGACCGUGUUAGAGUACAAUCCAAAUUUUCGAUUCUAUAUCACUACGCGUCUACGAAAUCCGCAUUACCUGCCCGAGAUUGCGGUAAAGGUGACGUUAUUGAAUUUCAUGAUUACACCUCAGGGCCUGCAGGACCAACUGUUGGGUAUUGUAGUAGCUAAGGAGCUGCCGAUGCUAGAGGAGAAGAAAAAUCAGUUGAUAGUAGAGGGCGCGAAUAACAGGAGAAUUCUGAAGGAGAUCGAGGAUAAAAUCCUGGAGGUUCUUACCACAUCCGAAGGCAACAUACUCGAAGACGAAACCGCCAUCAGGAUACUCUCGACCUCGAAAAUGUUAUCGGAGGAUAUUGAGACGAAACAGGAAAUUGCGGUGAAGACUUCGGCGGAGAUAGACAGAGCUCGCAAUGGUUACAAGCCAGUCUCGAAGCACGGGGCAGUUCUUUUCUUUUGCAUCUCCGAGCUGGCCAACAUCGAUCCUAUGUACCAAUACUCGCUACCGUGGUUCCUGCAUCUCUACGUCAUGGCGAUAGCUUACAGCGAGCAAUCGGCAGAUCUGGAUAUGCGAAUGAAGAGUCUCAAUUCAUAUUUUACGGCGAGCAUUUAUAGAAACGUGUGUCGUUCUCUGUUUGAGAAGGACAAGUUGAUAUUCUCUCUGGUUCUCUGUGCCGACCUGUUACGCGCCGCUCAGAAACUGAACGAAGAGCUCUGGGUAUUUCUAUUAACAGGCGGAGUGGCUCUCGAUAAUCCUUAUCCCAAUCCCGAUCCCUCGUGGCUGACCGACAAAUCCUGGUCCGAGAUUGUAAGGGCUAGUCUCCUACCAGGUCUUGAAAAGUUGAGAGAAUCCUUCCAGUCCAAUAUAUCGCAAUGGCAGGCGUAUUACGAUCUGUCGAAUCCGCAGGAGCAUCCUUUUCCGCCACCGUUCGAACGUGAGGGCGAGAGCCUGAGGAAGCUCGUGAUCCUGAGAUGCGUGAGGACCGACAAGCUGGUCGCCGCCGUACAGUCGUUCAUCAUCCAUCACAUGGGCGUACCUUUCGUGGAACCACCGCCGUUCGAUCUACAGAGUUCGUAUGACGACUCGAGUAAUGUCACGCCCCUCAUCUUUAUACUUUCGCCCGGAGCAGACCCGAUGGCUGGACUGAUCAAGUUUGCCGAGGACCGCGGAAUCUCGAAGAAGAAUCUCCUAACGAUAUCGCUAGGGCAAGGCCAGGGCCCAAUUGCGAUUAGUAUGAUCGAGCGCGGUAUUAAAAGCGGCGAGUGGGUCAUUUUACAGAACUGUCAUCUCGCCGUGUCGUGGAUGAAGGAACUCGACCGAAUAUGCGACGAGAUUAUCGUGCCUGAGAACACGCAUUCUGACUUUCGUAUAUGGUUGACUAGCUAUCCGUCCAAAGGAUUCCCGGUGUCCAUACUGCAGAACGGCGUCAAGAUGACGAACGAACCGCCGAAGGGAUUGAAAAACAACUUGUUGCGAAGUUAUUUGAACGAUCCUAUAUCGGAUCCCAAAUUCUUCCGCGAGUGCACGAAGAUAGUGGAGUGGAGGAAAUUAUUGUUCUCCCUAUGUUUCUUUCACGCGGUGGUGCAAGAGAGACGGUAUUUCGGUCCACUCGGUUGGAAUAUAUCUUAUGAAUUCAAUGAGACUGAUUUGCGUAUCAGCAUUUUACAAUUACAGCUAUUUUUGAAUGAUUACGAUGAAGUACCAUUCGACGCACUCAUCUAUCUGACAGGAGAAUGCAAUUAUGGAGGAAGAGUGACCGAUGAUAAAGACAGACGUUUGCUGAAUACGUUGCUGAAGAACUUUUACAAUUCUGAUGUUAUUAUACGUAGAGAAUACUCUUUCUCUCCGAGUGAAAUUUAUCAUAUACCGGAGAACACCGAUUAUGAGGGAUGUCUGAAAUACAUUCGCAGUUUACCAAUUAAUCCAAUGCCAGAAGUUUUUGGUUUGCAUGAAAAUGCGGACAUAGCGAAGGACAAUCGGGGAGCGAUGCAACUAUUAGCGAGUGCGCUUGUUACGCAGCCACAAAUUAGCGGAAAAGGUGUCGAGAAAGACACGGAUGAAAUAGUUUUCGCUCUGGCCAGUGAGAUCCUAUCAAGAAUGCGGCCACCGUUUGACAUAGACUAUGUGUCGAGCAAAUAUCCGGUACUCUACAUCAACAGUAUGAAUACAGUGUUGCGUCAGGAGCUUGUUAAAUUUAACGAACUCACCGAAGUCAUCAAGGAAACGUUGGACAACGUGCAGAAAGCCAUCAAAGGACUGGUGUUGAUGUCGCCGGAACUAGAGGAAAUUUAUCAUAGCAUAAGCAUCGGCAAAGUGCCCCUUGCGUGGGAUAGAAAAUCAUAUCCCUCGCUAAAACCGCUGGGCAGUUAUGUGAACGACCUGUUGGCAAGAUUGCAGUUCCUGCAAGAUUGGAUUGAUCAUGACGCACCGAAUGUCUUUUGGAUAUCUGGUUUCUUUUUUACGCAAUCAUUUCUAACCGCGGUGCUGCAGAAUUAUGCUCGCAAACACAAAAUACCGAUCGAUCUGCUAGACUUUGAAUUCGAAUUCACUCAAUUCGAAUCGAGCGUUAACUCUGCACCUUCUUAUGGCGUCUAUAUACACGGUCUCUUCUUGGAAGGAGCUCGAUGGAACAGAGAGACGAGAUUGCUGGAUGAAUCUAAACCCAAGAUAAUGUUCGACGUGCUACCCAUUAUAUGGUUAAAACCUGGUGUAAAAGCUGAAUUCGACAUAAAAGACGUUUAUUAUUGUCCUGUGUACAAGACAAGUGCUAGACGCGGUGUAUUAGCUACUACUGGACAUUCUUCCAAUUUUAUACUCUAUAUCUUAAUUCCAACAGAUCUGGAUGAAUCACAUUGGAUUAAUCGAGGUGUAGCUGCGCUCUGUCAACUUGAUGAUUAAUAAAAACGAGAUAUUUCUCCGAGCGCGGGGUUCUCUUUUGAAAUAAUGGAUUAUCUCGAUAGCAUUCCACUCAUCGCGGGAGGGAGGCCUCUUCAAGAACGUGAAGUCAUUACGAUCCUCGAAUUGCGACACGAAAAGCGAAGGGCGCACCAAACGUAAAAUGAAUUCGGUUAGGGAACCGGUUGUGCGUCGGUUCGAACAGGUUUCGGCGGAUACAAUUAUCGAGCACGUCUAGGAUGCAUUUCGCAUUGGCGAACUUUCUCUUUCACCGUGGCGAGGUCCAAGUGACGUUUCUGUUUCCCAGAAUUUCGAUACGAUAAACAGGAUUCCGCAUCUUCCCCCGGAGGGUUGUAAAAUCUCCAAUACAUUUCGAAACAAAUCUUCGCUUUGAUUAAAUAUAAGAAUAAAAGAUUAAUGACUUUCGAGGAUAUGGAGAUCAAUGUCGUUGAAAGAAGGAAUUUUUUUUCCUCCUCGAUUAGACUUUUGCAUAAUUUAAUCGGAUCCGAUAAGAUUAAGAUAACUGACAUAAGUGUAUCGACGUCAUUAAUGGACAAUCGUCAAUUUCUAUUCCAUGAUAAUGACCCGAUUCCGCAAUCUGGCCC